AUGCACGCGCUGCCGCUGUUGUUGGUGUUGAGCCUGUACGCCUCGGUGGUGGAGGAAGUGGCCGGCCAGGGUUGCGUGCCCUAUCGUGGCUCGCCGGCCACCGGCGGCAAGUGCGACAGUGUGGUGACCUACUCCCACGUCCUUCUCCUCCCCGGCCAGACCUACGCUCAGGCGGACAGCGCGACGGCGGAGACAACGAAGCUCUUGGGCGUGUUCGUGCCGCCCGUGUGUCGCUCAGCGGCCAUCCGCCUCGCCUGCUGGGGCGGAUUCGUCGAGUGCAGCUUUUCGCCCGAAUUCUCAUUCGACGCAUGUGAGGAGUUCUUCACUGCGCAGAACAAGGCGCACCUGCUCCCCAACUGCAGCUCGCCCCUCUUCCCCACCACCCACUGCACCAACGGCUCGCAGACUGCCGGAGCCAGGCCGACUGUCCGUAUCCGCUCAAGUUCAACCCGGAGGGUGUGCGUCUACCCGUGCCCCGACCCCAUGUUCACCACCACCGAGAUGGACGCCGCGAUCGGAGUCCUGACUGGGCUCGGCAUUGUAUCGUUUGCGAUGGUGCUUUUCCUGAUCAUCACGUACAGCCUGAUGCGACACAAGCGUCGCUUCCCGACGUCGUUCCAGAUCUGGCUGUCCGUGUCCUCCCUCGUGUGCAGCGUCGGCGUGCUGCUCCCGGUGUUGGUCGGAGGCCCGAGGCGAACGUUCUGCACGUGGGACGAGGUCCCGGUGCUGCAGACGUUCGAGGGCGCGCGAGACAACAACGGACAGGGCGUCGUGUGCGUCCUUCAAGGAAUGCUGAUUAUGUACGGCGGCCUGGCCGGCAGCUGCUGGUGGCUUAUGCUCACCGUCACGGGCUUCCAAUUCAUUGUGCUCAAGGUGGGCUCCAGCCGGAUCAAGAUGCUGUUAAACAUUGGGUCGCACAUGGUGGGCUGGGGCGUGCCGGGGCUCUGCGUCCUGAUUGGAUUGGCGGCCCAGAAGUUCGUCGGGGUGGCGGGAGGCUACAACUGCUUCGUCGCCGAUCCGUGGGACUGGGGACUCUGGUAUGGCCCAGUGCUCUUCAAUCUGAUCGUUGGAACGACGCUGAUGGCGAUCGUCAUCCUGAAAGUGUGGCGGGUGCAAUCGCGGCUGAAGGAGGUGAGCCAAACGGUCAUCUCUAAGGAGCACCUGAUCCGACUGACUGGGCUCAUCGUGGGCUACUGGUUCCUCUACGCCUUCUUCACCUUCUAUCGGGUCUACGAGGAAACCGUCGCCGACGACAUCGAGGACGCGGUGGCGGAGCAGAUCGCGUGCGGCGUGGCGACGGGUGAGCCCUGCGAACUGUCGGUAAAGUUAAACAGGGGCUCGUGGUACCUCCAGGCCAUGACGCUCGGCGGCCAGGGUGUCAUCAUCUUCUGUUCUCUCGGCUUAUCCAAGGCACUUGAACCGUAUCUGUUCUGGCGUGUGCUGUUGAAGAACUGGCGGCAGCCAAUGUCCAUCAUCAGGGGCACCUCGAGCAAGAGCCAGUCCGACGAUACGAUGUCGGGCGGCAAGGAGGGCGUGUCCAACAAGAGCUCGACUUACGACUACGACAUCUCUUCUCUCGCCGAAGAAGGCGACGAUCUUUAG